AUGACAAGGAAAAAGGUGAAACUUACCUAUAUCAUCAACGACAUGUCAAGGAAAGCAACAUUCAAGAAAAGGAAGAAGGGUAUCAUUAAGAAGGUAAGUGAACUGACAAUUCUGUGUGGGAUUGAGGCUUGUGCUAUAAUUUCCAGUCCUUUUGAUUCCAAGGCAGAGGUUUGGCCAGAUCCAAAGGGAGCCAAGCAAGUGAUUGAGAGGUAUCAGAAUGCAUCUGUGAUUGAUGAAAGCAAGAAUGUGAACCAAGAGAGCUUCAUCAUGCAGAGGAUUGCCAAAGCCCAGGAGCAGGCAAAGAAGCAGCGUGAGGAGAACUGUGAGAGGGAGAUGACCCUAUCUAUGUUCCACUAUGCAAAAAUCAAAAUGCUGCCAAAACACCUCACCAUUGAAGAACUGAAAGAUCUUGACAAGCUCAUUGAGAAGAAUAUGAACGACAUUCAAAAUAAGAUGGCUGAGCUCAGUACAGUCAGUUGA